AUGGAACUAAUUAGGCCUAAUAAAAACUGUCAGGCACAUCCGGGAGUGUCAAAGCCAGACAGGAAGAGCUUAUGCAGGCUAAUAGACAGCCGGAAACUCUCACCGGAGGCCUCAUUCCAUGCGGCUUCAAACGACCGGUUACCGGUAAGAGCAGUAAUCCAAGUACUAUUCUCAGAGCAAGCAAUGAUCAACAAACAAAUUGACUGGAGUGGAUCAUUCAGCGGGAUGCGCAGCCCGAGCACGGGCAUUGCAACCCCCGGCCCGGUGGACAGAUUGAGAGACUGUUGGAGAAAAAGAGAGGGAUUUUCAGCUGGAAGAAGAUUGGAUUUGCCAUCGUUUAAGAACAAUAAUAACAAAUUUGCAGAUGGUGAAGGAGAAGUUGAAUUUAGCGGGUUUGUGAGACGCACCCCUGCUGUAGAUAUGAAGAACAGGGUUGUGAAAGGCAAAACUCCAUUGAGAUGGAGGAAAUCAGUGUCUUGA